CCAUGUCGCCGCCGCUGGGUCAUGUCUGACUCUCUCUGGACCGCGCUUUCCAAUUUCUCGAUGCCCUUCUUCCCUGGCGGCAGUAUGUUCCGCCGCACCAAGAGUUGCCGCACCAGUAACCGGAAAAGCCUCAUCCUGACAAGCAGCACUUCACCAACGUUGCCACGACCUCAUUCUCCACUGCCAGGACACCUGGGUAGCAGUCCCCUGGACAGCCCCCGAAACUUCUCCCCUAACACUCCCGCCCACUUCUCAUUUGCUUCCUCCCGAAGGGCCGAUGGACGUCGUUGGUCUCUCGCUUCACUCCCUUCAUCUGGCUAUGGAACCAACACACCCAGCUCUACUGUCUCGUCUUCCUGCUCCUCCCAGGAGCGCCUGCACCAGCUGCCCUACCAGCCCACUGUGGAUGAGCUCCACUUUCUCUCCAAACACUUCGGCAGCACCGAGAGCAUCACCGACGAGGAUGGUGGCCGCCGCUCCCCGGCCGUGCGGCCCCGAUCGCGGAGUCUCAGCCCCGGGCGCUCUCCCUCCUCCUACGACAACGAGAUCGUGAUGAUGAACCAUGUGUACAAGGAGAGGUUUCCGAAGGCCACUGCGCAGAUGGAGGAGAAGCUGAGAGACUUUGCUCAUACCUAUGAACCCGACAGCGUGCUGCCCCUGGCAGACGGCGUGCUCAGCUUCAUCCACCACCAGAUCAUUGAACUGGCGAGGGAUUGCCUGACCAAAUCCCGCGACGGCCUUAUCACCACUGUCUACUUCUACGAAUUGCAAGAGAAUCUGGAAAAGCUGCUGCAGGAUGCUUAUGAACGCUCGGAGAGCUUGGAGGUGGCCUUUGUCACUCAGCUGGUGAAGAAGCUGCUCAUUAUCAUCUCACGACCAGCAAGGCUGCUAGAGUGCCUGGAAUUCAACCCUGAGGAGUUCUACCACCUACUGGAAGCGGCCGAGGGUCAUGCCAAGGAGGGCCACCUUGUCAAGACAGACAUCCCCCGCUACAUCAUCCGUCAGCUGGGCCUCACUCGAGACCCCUUUCCAGAUGUGGUGCACCUGGAGGAACAGGACAGUGGCGGCUCUAACACACCUGAGCAGGACGACCUCUCUGAGGGCCGCAGCACCACCACAAAGGCUAAGAAACCUCCUGGAGAGAAUGACUUUGACACUAUCAAGCUCAUAAGCAAUGGUGCCUAUGGCGCAGUCUACCUGGUGCGGCAUCGUGACACCAGGCAGCGCUUCGCCAUGAAAAAAAUCAACAAGCAGAACCUCAUCUUGCGCAACCAGAUUCAGCAAGCCUUCGUGGAGCGGGACAUCCUCACUUUUGCCGAGAAUCCCUUUGUGGUCGGCAUGUUCUGCUCCUUUGAGACCCGACGCCACCUCUGCAUGGUUAUGGAGUAUGUGGAAGGGGGGGACUGUGCCACCCUGCUAAAGAACAUCGGGGCACUUCCUGUAGAGAUGGCCCGCAUGUAUUUCGCCGAGACAGUGCUGGCACUUGAAUACUUGCACAACUAUGGCAUUGUACACCGUGACCUCAAACCUGACAACCUUCUCAUCACCUCCAUGGGGCACAUCAAGCUCACAGAUUUUGGCCUCUCCAAGAUGGGGCUUAUGAGCCUCACCACCAACCUGUAUGAAGGCCACAUUGAGAAGGAUGCCCGAGAGUUCCUGGACAAACAGGUAUGUGGAACCCCAGAGUACAUCGCACCUGAGGUCAUCCUGCGCCAGGGCUACGGCAAGCCAGUGGACUGGUGGGCCAUGGGCAUCAUUCUCUACGAGUUCCUGGUGGGCUGUGUGCCUUUCUUUGGAGACACACCUGAAGAGCUUUUUGGACAGGUCAUCAGUGAUGACAUCCUGUGGCCCGAGGGAGAUGAGGCCUUGCCCACAGAUGCCCAACUCCUGAUAUCCAGCCUCCUGCAGACCAACCCCUUGGUCCGGCUCGGGGCAGGUGGUGCCUUUGAAGUGAAACAACACAGUUUCUUUCGAGACCUGGACUGGACAGGGCUGCUGAGGCAGAAGGCUGAGUUCAUCCCUCACCUGGAGUCAGAGGAUGACACAAGCUACUUCGAUACCCGCUCAGACAGGUAUCACCACGUGAACUCUUAUGAUGAGGAUGACACAACGGAGGAGGAGCCUGUGGAGAUCCGACAAUUCUCUUCCUGCUCUCCACGCUUCAGCAAGGUGUACAGCAGUAUGGAGCAGCUGUCUCAGCAUGACCCCAAGACCCCAGUGGGGACCAACAAGAGGGAGCCGAGUGCCAAAGGCUCAGAGGAGAAGGUGGCCGGCAAGCGAGAGGCCCUAGGAGGCCUGACCCUGCGUGAGAAGACCUGGAGAGGGGGCUCGCCGGAGAUCAAGCGUUUCUCAGCGUCUGAGGCCAGCUUCCUGGAAGGGGAGGCCAGUCCCCCUUUGGGCGCACGCCGCCGUUUCUCAGCGCUGCUGGAGCCCAGCCGCUUCAACACCCCCCAAGAGGAUGAUGAUGAGGCCCGGCUGCGCAGGCCUCCUCGGCCCAGUUCCGAUCCCCCGGGCUCGUUGGAUUCGCGGGCCCACAAAGAGGCAGCUCAAGGGGAUGGCACCCUCAACGCCAGGGACCCUGAGGCCACAGAACAGCCACGCCCUGGUGACCUGUGCCCAACCUUGAAGGAUGGGGAUCCAGCAGGCCCUAGAGCCACCAAUGACCUAGUUCUGCGUAGGGCACGGCACCAGCAGCUAUCAGGAGACCCUGCGAUAGAGAAAAGACCUGCUCGAACUGGGGGCAAAGUCAUCAAGUCAGCCUCAGCCACUGCCUUGUCUGUCAUGAUUCCUGCAGUGGACCCUCAUGGAAGUUCACCCCUGGCCAGCCCCAUGUCACCUCGAUCUCUCUCCUCAAACCCAUCCUCAAGAGACUCCUCACCCAGUCGGGACUACUCUCCAGCUGUGAGUGGGCUUCGCUCUCCCAUCACCAUCCAACGCUCUGGCAAGAAGUAUGGCUUCACUCUUCGGGCUAUCCGUGUCUAUAUGGGUGACUCAGAUGUCUACAGUGUCCACCACAUUGUCUGGCACGUGGAGGAGGGGGGCCCAGCCCAGGAGGCGGGGCUCUGUGCCGGGGACCUUAUCACCCAUGUGAAUGGGGAGCCUGUACAUGGCAUGGUGCAUCCUGAGGUCGUGGAGCUGAUCCUUAAGAGUGGCAACAAGGUGGCUGUGACCACAACACCCUUCGAAAAUACCUCCAUCCGCAUAGGCCCCGCGCGGCGCAGCAGCUACAAGGCCAAAAUGGCUAGGAGGAAUAAGCGGCCUUCCGCCAGGGAGGGCCAGGAGAGCAAGAAGCGCAGCUCUCUCUUCCGGAAGAUUACAAAGCAGUCAAAUCUACUGCACACUAGCCGCUCACUGUCAUCGCUGAACCGCUCCUUGUCGUCCAGCGACAGCCUUCCUGGCUCGCCCACACAUGGGCUCCCUGCCCGCUCUCCCACCCACAGCUACCGCUCCACACCAGACUCCGCCUACCUAGGUGCCUCCUCUCAGAGCAGCUCACCGGCCUCCAGCACACCCAACUCACCAGCUUCGUCUGCAUCACACCACAUCCGGCCCAGUACACUGCAUGGUCUGUCACCAAAACUGCACCGCCAGUACCGCUCUGCUCGUUGUAAGUCAGCGGGUAACAUCCCUCUGUCGCCAUUGGCUCACACACCAUCCCCGACGCAGGCCUCGCCACCACCACUGCCAGGCCAUACUGUGGGUAGCUCCAACACAACACAGAGCUUUCCUGCCAAACUACACUCAUCACCACCUGUGGUGCGCCCACGCCCCAAGAGUGCUGAACCCCCACGCUCACCGCUCCUUAAACGUGUGCAAUCAGCUGAGAAGCUGGGAGCCUCCCUGGGUGCCGAUAAGAAGGGUGCAUUGCGCAAACACAGCCUCGAGGUGGGCCACCCAGAUUUCCGAAAGGACUUCCAUGGUGAGCUGGCGCUGCAUAGCCUCGCUGAGUCUGAUGGUGAGACACCCUCUGUUGAGGGUCCUGGUGCUCAGAGGCAGGUUGCCGUUCGCCGCCUGGGCCGCCAGGAGUCUCCCCUGAGCCUGAGCUCAGAACCACUGCUGCCUGAGGGUGCCCUCAGGCCAUCGAAGUCUAAUAAGGAGGAGUCACUCUGCAACACUGAGGCGUCCACCCCACCCCGUGCGACCACCCCUGGGAGCAGGACCCUGGAGCGGGACACCAGCUGCACGCGGCAUCAGAGUGUGCAGACAGAGGAUGUCUUGGGUGGGGCAGCAAGGGCUGUGGCUAAGGCUGCAUUGAGUCCAGUGCAGGAACACGAGACAGGCCGGCGCAGUAGCUCUGGUGAGGUGGGCACACCUCUGGUGCCCAUUGUCGUAGAACCAGUGCGGCCUGGGACCCAGGACCAGACUCUCCAGCCACCAGGAGCAGACUCCAAGGGGUCACGGGAAUCUGUACACUUGGCAUCUCCUGCCCCUGAGGUCCCCCGGGGCCGGGAGCGCUGGGUACUGGAGGUAGUAGAGGAACGGACCACGCUGAGUGGACCUCGUUCCAAGCCCGCUUCCCCCAAGCUUUCCCCAGAAUCCCAGACCCCGUCCCUAACCCCCACGAAGAAUGCACCCAGUGGUGCAGGACCCCCAGCCCCACCGACUUCCCUCCUGGUUCCUGCUACCAAACCUGAGGUGGGGCUGACCUCCCGGUGCCCUGCUGAAGCUGUGCCCCCAGCAGGCCUGACCAAAAAGGGAGCACCCUGACCCACACCACCUAGCCCAUAGCUGAGAGGACUCCUGGCCCUGCGCUGUACAGCGACCUGUAUACAUAUGUACACAUAUAAAUAAAGUACGACCGUGC